UCCAGUACAGCUGCUAUCGGCCUGCGGCGCUCGUCCGGCGCGUGCCUCUCCUGCUCCGUCGUCAUGGAAACGGGCCCGGUGUGCAUGAUCGACCCGUCGGAGGUGUACCGGCCAGACAUCCCGUCCAGCAAGGCCAAGGGUCUGUUCCGCGAGUUCAGCGUCGACAAGACGGACCCCAUCCAGAUGCGGGUGCGCGAGACCUACAUGAAGAUGCACACUCAUCAGACAGUCGAUUACGUCACAAGGAAGAUGGCGCACUGGCUGCGGUUCGACAAGUUCGAGGCCACCAUCCUGGAGGCACUGGAGAAGCUGAACGACCUGGUCGACGAGGCGGACCCGGACACGGACGUGCCGAACAUCGUGCACGCCUUCCAGACGGCCGAGCGCAUUCGACAGGAUUUCCCUGACGACGACUGGUUCCACCUCACCGGGCUCAUCCACGACUUGGGCAAGGUCAUGGCGUUUUACGGCGAGCCGCAGUUCUCGACGGUGGGGGACACGUUCGUGGUCGGCUGCCGGGUGGGCGACUCCGUCGUCUACCGCGACACCACCUUCCACAACAACAGCGACCUGGCCGACUCCCGAUACAACACUGAAAACGGCAUGUACCAGCCAGGCUGCGGGCUGGACAACGUGCUCAUUUCGUGGGGACACGACGAGUACUUGUACCGAGUGUUGAAGCACAACAAGUGCACCAUCCCCGAGCAGGGUCUGGCGAUGAUAAGGUUCCACAGCUUCUACCCCUGGCACACGGGCGGCGACUACAUGCACCUGUGCAACGAGCACGACCUCCGCAUGCUGCCCUGGAUCCGUCGGUUCAACAAGUACGACCUCUACACCAAGUCAGACACGAUGCCCGACAUACCGGCCUUGAUGCCGUACUACCAGGGCCUCAUCGACAAGUACUGCCCCGGCAAGCUCAAGUGGUAGCGCCGCAGGACUCGGAGCGGUGUCUGCACACCGCCGGCGAGCGCACCUGCGCUCUCAGUGCAUUGGGGCGCAGUGCACUUUUUCCAUUGCACACAGCGCACUGGGGUGCUGGAGUGCUGUGCGUUCGUGACCUAUGUUAGGUCGACAUUGGUGAUAAGCGGCUGCGUCAGAGGGGUUACCAGCGAUUUAAAUGCUCGGUUGGCUCAAUCUUAGACGGGAGGGGUGUAAUGCUUCGUAACCCGCGCAUUGGCAUGGUUUGUUGAUAUGGAGGAUCAGGGACACUCACGUGCAAUAGGAUCAGCAUUACUGCUUGGAAGCGCGUCGCGUCGCUGGAGGCCGUGCUGCCGUGCUGUUUUGCCUCCUUACCUCAAUUCGGGUGAGAGAGCGGUGUUUUACUACUUAUAUAGACCUUUGAGAUCGAUGUUUGACGGUGGCGGGCGUUGUGGACUGUUAUGGAGCGACUUCUGAACGUGCUCGACAAGCAUUUCGGCAAAGGUGCGGUAUGUGAUCAUCCCGUCGUACUGCCCUGCCUCAGAUUGCCUGAGAUUUGCAGUGUUCGGCUGUAUGCGAGCCAAUUGAAUGGACUACGAUUUGAAUACUCACGAUCCCGCAGC